AUGCUCCGCGGCGCCAUCUCCCGCCUUGGCGCUCGCCUCCGCCUCCACGCCGACCCUUCCCCGGCCUCUCCUUACCUCCGCGCCCUCUCCACCCGCCGCGGCAAACGCUCCUCCCCCACCGUGUCGCCCGCCGACUCCGAUGACGAGGGACCCCUGCGUGGCCUCUUCGUGCUAUCCCGCGACCCCGAGUGCCCGCCGCGGCUGCUGGUGGUGCAGCCGCGCCUGCGCCCCGGAAGCCUCCUCGACUCCGAGCUCGCCGAGGCACUCAACCUCGCCAACUCCCUCGAGGAGCCCCGCGACGGCUUCUACCACAGCGAGUUCGGCGCCAAGGGCGCGCCGCCGCACCUCGUCGUCCAGAACCCCGCCUCCCGCGGUCGCUCACAUGCCGAUACAUAUUUUGGGCCUGGAACUGUGGAUAAUGUCAAGUGCUACCUGAGGGCAUCAGAAUCAGAGGAAUACGUGGAUGCAGUUUUUGUCAAUGCGAUUCUCUCUGGAAUCCAACAGAGAAACUUGGAGGUUGCCUGGGGAAAGCCGGUUUUGGAUCGUGUUGGGCUUAUAAUUGAAAUAUUCAAUGCUCACGCUGAAACAAAAGAAGCAAAGUUACAGUCAGAGUUGGCAGCUCUCAUGUACAUGAAGACUAGGCUUGUUCGUGUACGUGGCCCAGGUGGACGACUAACUUUUGGUCCAAGUGGGGAGGCUGAGGUUGUCAGUGCAAGAGGGAGAGGUAGUGGGGGGAGGGGAUUCAUGAGUGGUGCUGGUGAAACAGAACUUCAACUACAACGGAGGAGAAUCCAAGAGCGCCGUGUGAGCUUGUUAGCUCAAAUCGAAGAUGUACGCCGUACUAGAGCAAUACAACGUUCAAGUCGGAAAAGACAUGGUGGCUCGUUUGGUCAAGAGCUUGUAACUGUUGCAGUCGUCGGAUAUACAAAUGCUGGGAAAUCUACGCUUGUGAGUGCACUUUCUGAAGCUGAUCUGUACAGUGAUGACAGGCUGUUUGCAACAGUAGAUCCCCGGUUACGAAGUGUGAUUCUUCCAUCAGGGAGAAAAGCACUUCUUAGUGAUACCGUUGGCUUCAUCUCAGAUUUACCAGUACAGCUAGUGGAAGCAUUUCGUGCGACCCUAGAAGAAGUCGUUGAAGCAGACAUGUUAGUGCAUGUGUUGGAUUCAAGUGCAUCUAAUCUUGAAGAGCAUCGAUCUACUGUAUUGCAAGUACUGCAGCAGAUAGGUGUUUCUCAGGAGAAGAUCAACAGUAUGAUUGAAGUUUGGAACAAGAUUGAUCUUGUGGAUGAGAAUGUUACAUCUGAUGGGAUUGAAGAUGAGAUCUUCCUGACCGAAGGUGAAGAGGAGGAUGACAUAUUCUCUGAAGAUGAUGUUCCAUCAGAACAAUCAUCUUUUGAUUCUGUAGAUGAUGGAGCAGAUUCAGAAUAUUUAUCAGAAGAAAAUUUUGAAGAUAGCAAUGAUGAAGUGUCAUCUAAAGAGUCAUUUUCUGAGCCAACCGAGAUGGAGGCAAUGAAAGAGUUAUCAUCAAAAGAAUGUUUUGGAGAACUUCGUGUCCCAGAUACAAAUGGAUGCACUUUGCCACAACCAACUUCCACUUGUCGUGUAAAAACUUCUGCUGUGACCGGGACAGGGUUGCAAGAGUUGUUGGCAUUGAUAGAUAGGAAACUGACUGAACAACAAACUGUCGUGCAAAGAAGCUACGGACCUUUCGACAGAAAAUGGAGACCUAGCUCUGUGGAUGAUUUAGUAAAAGGAUGCCUUCAAGAUAUCAGGAGUUACAGAGACAUUGCACUGAUCAAUUCUAAAAGUGAACUACCAUUAUCCGGAUAUGCGGAACAGAUUGAUCCUAGAAAUGCUUUUAGAAUCCAUGUUUGUGUUGAUAAAUACACAGCCACUGGUGAUUAUGAUGAUAGUGUGGAACUUUGGGAAAGGAGAAGGAAGAUUUCGGUAGCCAUGUCAGGGGACAUUCUACCAGCUAUAAUUCAUCAGUUAAAUGCUGCCAGCAAGGGACUUGGUCAUCUAAAAGUGCUCAAAGGAAAUCCUAGAGAAGCUGAAGUUGCUAUAUGGUACCAGGGUGAGGAAAUUAGAAGGCAUGUGGUUUACCUUGAAGAGCAGACGUGCACAUGUAGGGAGUGGCAAGUUAGUGGCAUGCCUUGCUCACAUGCUCUUGCAGUGAUUACUGUUGAGAGGCAGCCAGACAUGAGCAAAUAUGUGCAUGAGGCAUACAACAAGGGUUUCAAGGUUUUUCCACCUAUGGUGAAGGACCCUAAACCACUAGGCAGGACCAAGAAGAAUAGAACCCUAAGCUGUUUGGAGAGGUCAGGCAAACCAACAAGACAAGUGACAUGUAAGGGCUGCGGUGAACUUGGCCAUAGAGCAACUAGCUGGAGGUGUAGCCUCACAGGGACUAAGAAAAGGAAGAGGACCAAGAAGACAGCAACAAAGCCUGGAAGGAAGAAGCAAAAAACUAUUGAAGAUUCAGCAGAAGUGGGAGAGGAAACACCAAGAGCCAAGAGGGCAGCAGCCAGGAAUGAAGUAGUAGUGGGAGAGGAAACACCAAGAGCCAAGAGGGCAGCAACAAGGGAGGCAAAGGCGACGGCAGAAGCAGCAGGAGCAGCAAGAGAGGCAAUAGCACAGCCGCCAUGUUUGGCUCUUGUCCCAGUAGCAGCAUCAAUGGAGGCAGCCCCACCAUGCCAGAGGAGGUUGGACUUGGAGGAACCGAUGGGAUUGGAGAUAGUACCAACAGCUGCUCCAAAGAAAAUGACACCAAGGAAGAAACAACUAGCAUCGAAGGUGAAGAAAUCCACACCAACAAAGGCUGCCAACUAA